CGCCGUUCCUCAUCGUCAGCUAAAUUAUUCCUCACCGUUGACAACACUCCAAACGAUGUCCUCGGUGCUUCUGCGCUCAAUAGCGCGUUCGGCAAGGACGCCGUCUACCGCAUCCGCAGCGCGCAGGUCGCUUUCCACCACCGCCGUCCGUGCCCAACAAGAGAAAGUCAGGACUCCCCAUGACUAUCACACCGUUGAGGCUUUCCAGGGCAUGCAUGCCAGCGAGAUUUUACCUGAGCCUGGCACCAAGGCUGAUUCCAAGAUGAGGCACUUUACCGUCAACUUUGGUCCUCAGCAUCCUGCUGCUCACGGUGUGCUUCGUAUGAUCUUGGAGUUGAACGGAGAGGAAAUUCUACGCGCUGACCCUCACAUCGGUCUUCUCCACAGAGGGACGGAAAAACUCAUCGAGUACAAAAACUACACUCAAGCCCUUCCCUAUUUCGACCGUCUCGACUACGUCUCCAUGAUGACGAACGAACUUUCCUACUCCCUCGCUGUCGAGAAACUCCUCAACGUUCAGGUCCCCGAACGUGCCCAAUGGAUCCGAACCCUCUUUGGUGAAAUCACCCGGAUCCUCAACCACCUCAUGGCCGUCCUCACUCACGUCAUGGAUGUCGGUGGUCUCACUCCUUUCCUCUGGGGUUUCGAAGAACGUGAAAAGCUCAUGGAAUUCUACGAACGUGUCUCCGGUGCCCGUCUACACGCCGCCUACGUCCGACCCGGUGGUGUCGCCUUUGACCUCCCCCAUGGUCUCCUCGAAGAUAUCUUCAAGUGGGCUACCCAGUUCGGCAGCAGAAUAGACGAAAUUGAGGAAGUCGUUACCGGCAAUCGUAUUUGGAAGGAGCGGACGAUUGGUAUUGGUGUUGUCACUGCCCAGCAGGCGUUGGACUACAGCUUCAGCGGUGUCAUGUUGAGAGGAAGUGGCGUCCCUUGGGAUAUUCGUAAGGUGGCUCCUUAUGACAAGUACGCUGAGGUCGAGUUCGACAUCCCUGUUGGCAAGAACGGUGACUGCUACGACCGGUACCUCUGCCGUGUUCAGGAAAUGCGAGAGUCCCUCCGUAUCAUCUCCCAGUGCUUGAACAAGAUGCCCACUGGUGUUGUCAAGGUCGACGACCACAAGCUCACUCCUCCACCACGAGCAAUGAUGAAGGAGAGCAUGGAGAGCUUGAUCCACCACUUCAAGCUUUUCAGCGAGGGCUACUCCGUUCCUCCUGGCGAGACCUACACCGCCAUUGAGGCACCCAAGGGAGAGAUGGGUGUCUACCUCGUUUCUGAUGGCACCAACCGCCCCUACAGAUGUAGCAUCCGUGCACCCGGUUUCGCUCACCUUGCUGGCUCCGACUUCAUGAUGAGACAGAGCACGGCAUGUGGAGUAGCGUAG